CUUGACCGGAAGUAAGCGUUUGGAUUUCUUUCGGCGUGUGAAGAACCUUGGAUUUUGAGCCCCAACCGGGAGAAUCCAGGUUUCCUUUUGAAAAGCUCUAAAAUUGUUCAGAGGGAGAAAAAUUUGAGCUCAAAAAUCUCAGCUCUUCACUUCCAUUUUCAAGGGUGAAGUAGUAUUUUAAAUUAUAUGAUGCCUAUAACCUUGGGAUCCCCUAUCCCAACAACACCAUUGAUGAAGCUUGAGGAGGAUUCUUUUUCUGGACAUGAUUUUCCUCUGAGAGGGGACAACCCUGAGACAGCUCGACAACACUUCAGGCAAUUUCACUACCAGAUGAUGUCUGGGCCCCAUGAGACUAUGAGACAACUCAGGAAACUCUGCUUUGGGUGGCUUAGGCCAGAGAUUCACUCAAAGGAGCAGAUAUUGGAAAUGCUGAUGCUGGAACAGUUCCUAACCAUCUUACCUGGAGAGAUACAGACUUGGGUGCGAAAGCAGUGUCCAGAAAGUGGAGAAGAAGCAGUGACCCUGGUAGAGGGCUUACAGAAAGACCCUGGGAGAUUGUGGCAUUGGAUCAAAGUCCAAGUGCUUGGACAGGAAGUUCUUUCAGAGGAAAUGGAAUCAUCAGGUGUCUCUGUGGAGCCUCAUGCUAAGACAAUGCUUCAGAAGGAAGGCGCACAGAAUUCACUCUCAGCACAGGAGGAGCAUCUGAACCACAGCAUCAAAGAAGAGUCUGAAAAUUCACUGGAGUUUGGUUUGCCAAUUUCCCAGCUUUCUACUUUUCCUGAAGAAAGGCAUACUAGAGACAAGAAUGAGACAGCUUCAUUUCAUUUAUCUAGUUCUCAGGUGCAGUGGCAAUGCCUGAAUCAGACUCAGAAAGAGCUUUACUGGGAUGCUAUGCUGGAGGAUUAUGGGAAGGUGGUUUCACUAGGAAUUCCCAUUUCUAAACCAAACCCAAUUAAUCUGGUAGAUGGAAGGGAAGAGCUUGAUGGAUCACAUUCCUGUUCAAGUGAAGAGAUGGCAAAAAGCAUUUGCAUAGGAGACAGGAGGGAGAAUGACAAAGAGAAUCUUCACCUGAAAAUUGCAAGGGGCCAGGAAUCUCAAAAGAUCUCUUUCUGGCAAGCUUCAGAAAAGGUACCUUCACAGGCCUCCUUGAAUGAAUUCAUUGAAGAAGAACUAAGAAGCUCUGUAAGAAAAGAUCUGAUUAUCCAGGAGAACCCUCAGGAUAGAGUAAGGGCAGGGAAAAGCCUUCCUCUGGAAAAGAAUUUAGGGAAAUCUCUAGGUCAGCAUUUUUCUAGUCCAAUGGAACAAGAUUCCCCAUGGAGGGAGGAGAAGAAAGAAGUCUGCCAGAAAGGUCAGUUACGAACCCUUGCUGGACAGAAGUAUAAUGUUACAGAUAGAUGCAUAGACUGUGGAAAAAGUUUUGCUCGGCAAUCUCAACUUGUCAUCCACCGAAGAAUUCACACUGGAGAGAGAUGCUAUCAGUGUUCCACCUGUGGAAAAAGUUUUAGUCGGAGCUCAGACCUUAGGAAACAUCAAAGAAUCCACACAGGGGAGAAACCUUAUAAAUGUGAUUAUUGUGGCAAAGGUUUUAGUGAUUUCUCUGGAUUACGCCAUCAUCGAAGAACCCAUACAGGAGAAAAACCAUAUAAAUGUUCUAUCUGUGGGAAAAGUUUUAUUCAGAGAUCUAACUUUAAGAGACAUCAGAGAGUUCACACAGGAGAGAAACCUUUUAAAUGUUCUUGCUGUGGGAAAUGCUUCAGUUGGAGCUCAAGUCUUGAUAAACAUCAAAGAUCCCACACAGGAGAAAAAUCUUUUAAGUAAUCUAAGAGAGACUA